GCCAAAAAUAGCUAAAUACCGCUGAAUUUGUUUUACUUCAGUAUAACACAAUUACUGAAUUUACUUUAUUUAUAAAUUCCCUUUCAAACUGACUGAUGGUAUUAAUCACUGAAGACCUUAUCAGGAAACGAGCUGAACACAAUGAAGGAGAGAUUCAUUCACUCGAGGAAUUAACUUUACAUCAACAAAAUCUUGAAAGAAUUGAUAACCUUGAACAAUGGUGUAAAAACCUACGUAUAUUAUAUCUUCAAAAUAAUCUACUAUCAAAAAUUGAAAAUGUUUCAAAGUUGAAAAAGUUGGAAUAUUUAAAUUUAGCGCUAAAUAAUAUUGAAAAAAUUGAAAAUUUAGAAGGAUGUGAAUCAUUGAAAAAAUUAGAUUUAACAGUGAAUUUUAUUGGUGAAUUGACCAGUGUUCAAUCGUUAGUAAAUGUUCAAUUUCUUGAAGAAUUAUAUUUAACUGGUAAUCCUUGUACAGAAUAUCCCGGAUAUAGAGAGUAUGUUAUCGCGAGUUUACCUCAGUUAAAAUCAUUAGAUGGAAAUGAGAUCACCAAGUCGGAACGUAUUAUUGCCCUACAAAACUUUGACCAUAUUUUACCAAUUAUAUUAGAAAAACAAAAGGAGUAUGAAAUAAAAAGGAAAUCAGAGAAGAUUGAAGCAGAGCAGAGAAGACAGAAACGUUCUGAAAAAUAUAAAAAUUCAAAUGGUUUAACAGAUAAAGAUACGGAGGAAUUUUGGAAUGAAAAAAUCCCGUACACACCUGAAUCACGUGUUGAAGCACAUGAAUAUAUGCAACUGCAGGCACAAGCCAAGGAGUCAAAAAAUGUUUCAAGCGAGAAGAAAAAAGAAGCUCCGAAAUUAUUUACAGAUGAUGGAAGACCGCUGAAUGUUAACAAAGCUAAAAUUGGGUUCCAGUUAACAGAGGAUACAAUAAACGAUCAGGAUGUCUACCUACUUAAUGUUGCUGUCUAUAAGUAUAUGGAUACAGCUUUAAUUGACUGUGAUAUACAAACCAAUUAUGUUCGUGUUACACUCAAUAAAAAGAUUUUACAGCUGGCUUUACCAGAAGAUGUUAGUCCGGAUAAUUCAUCUGUUAAGCGUUCACAGACAACUGGACAUUUGUUAAUCACUAUGCCAAAGGCUUUUCAGGAAAUUCGAGUACGCAAAAGCAAAGAAACGAAAGUUCAGUCGAACACGGAGAAGAAGAAUUGUACUGGCGCUUCUAAUUAUCAAAGAAAGCAAUGUAAUGAAAGUGUAAGUGACCAGUCAAAUGUAAAGUCAACAGUUGCAUCAAAAUACUCUAGUGCUCUUCUUGACCUAGAAAACCAGUCGAUAAACAAUCAAGUUAAUCAAAGAGUCAGUGGUAAUACUUCAUCCGGUCUCAUUAAAUCGUGUGGUCAACAAGAAAAGCGAAAAUCUAAAAGUGAAAAUCAAGUAGAUGACUGUAUGCUUGACUGUUCUGACGUUCCUCCACUGAUAUGA